AUGAAAUUGGCUAAAACAGAUAGCUUGUGGUUAUCACUUUUUAUAUCAGCUCUCGACACUACCAUUAUCACUACUUCAUUGAUCAAGAUUUCGAGCAGCUUCGAUGCCUUGGAACGCGGCGCUUGGCUUAUCACGACCUAUCUCCUCACAUAUAAUGCAUUUAUCAUGAUUUCAGCAAAUAUGAGCGAUAUCUUCGGACUGAAGUUUGCCCUUGUAGCUUGCUGCAUCUGCUUUCUCAUCUUCUCGUUAGCGUGCGGAGGUGCUCAGACUAUGGUACAGCUUAUCGUUUUCCGAGCUUUCCAAGGCAUUGGAGGUUCUGGUCUCUAUUCACUAGUAUUCGUGGCCAUCAUCAAACUUAUUACACCUGAAAAGGCGAGCUUUUACUCAGGAGUCAUCAGCUCUUGUUUUGCCAUAGCUAACACCCUCGGUCCCGUGCUUGGUGGAGUGAUCAGCGACCGUUCAAGCUGGCGAUGGAUCUUCUUCAUGAAUGGCCCGAUUGUUGGCACAGCGCUCGUCAUAUUGUUUUUCUCUAUGCCGGGGCUUGGGGACGGAGAAUCGAAGAUUGAGCGACUCCGUGGUUUUGAUGCCAUUGGCGGUGUGCUCUCCGUCUGCUGGCCUAUCCCACUUAUCUUUGCCCUCCAAGAAGGCGGCGUACGGUACGCAUGGAGCAGUGCCAUCAUCCUCGGGACGCUAAUCGCUGGACUCGCCGGCCUGCUCAUAUUUGGAAUAUAUGAAGCAUGGAUCCCUUUUCGAACGAAGAAGGAUGCCGUUUUCCCAAUCAAGUUCUUCACCAAUCCGUCCAUGGUGCUACUAUUACUGUGUAUGUUUCUGCUCGGUAUGCCUUUUUAUGUAGCCGUCAUUCAGCUUCCGCAGCGGUUCCAAGCAGUCAAUGGUACCAGUGCCGAGAGGGCAGGCAUUCUUCUUCUUCCAGUCACAUUGAUGACACCAUUCGGCGCUAUGCUUGGCGGCCUCUUGAUGGGAAGAAAGAUUGCAGCUGAGUAUCUGCUCAUCUUAUCCACAGGGAUUGCCUCCGUUGGCAUUGGACUCCUCAGUAGCCUCCCUACUUCCGUUGGCUUCUGGCCCGGAACCUAUGCCUAUGAAAUCAUCACCGGCCUCGGUUUGGGUCUCGCCAGUCCCGUAUACUACUUCUUGCUAUACACUAGCGUCGAGGAUAAGGAUAUCGCCGUGGGCACCGGAGCUUUGAAUAUGUUGCGCACAUUAGGGGGCUGUGUGGCCGUCGCCAUCUGCUCGGCCAUUCACAACACGAUUCUCGACGACAGGCUACCGUCCAUUCUCCCUUCGAGCCAAUCGGCACUUAUUGAGAAUUUUGAUAGACUGGAUAACUUGCCUCCGGGUGUCAAAACGCAGCUGGGGGAGAUUUUCGGGCAUAGCUACAACAGGCAGUUUCAGGCGAUUCUCGGGUUUUCUCUUUUGAACUUUGUGGUCGCAAUUGGGUUGGCUGUGGUACGGAAGAGAAUGGGCAUAUUCGGUAUUGGGCCGUCGGGAGAACAGUGGGAGAAGUAUAACCAGGAGCGGGCCGCAAAAACUGCAAAAAAACACGCAGAUAAACCGGAGUUGUCCAACCGUGAGAUCGAGGAGAAGCGGACAGAAACGACCAUAUCUCCUAAAGAGUCGUGA